AACUUCGUGAUAUCAGCCGAGGAUGACUGGACGAGAAACGAGCGCAAAUAUGAGGUGAUCUUCCUAAGCACGCUCAUCAUGUCAACCCGCGCGAGGAUCAGCGACGACGACUUUCAACAUCUUCAUCAGCUUGCUUGUGAGGUUGUCUCCCAUGAAAACCAUGUCCUCCCCAUCGGCGAUAGAGGUUUCCGCGGCCCUGGAAGAAGCAGUUGUUCUUGUUGCGCGCGACAAUUAUCGACCCGGAACGCCUCGCAAAUUCAAUGAGCCUAGUUUUCACGCCUGUGGGAAGUCGAGGCAAGACACUGACAAGGUCCUCUUGAAGUGCAGUGGAUGCAUCAAGGCAGAGAGGCCUGGUUUUGCGACAAGGAUUGUCAGCGGAGCCUCUAGAGUGUCCACAAGAAGAACUGUGGUCCCCGAAAGUUGAACAGUGGUCCCUUCAACUUGCUGAAUGUCUAGCAUAUUGGACGGAGGUAUCGCAAUGGGAAGCAUCAUUCCCGGCUUGACGCGAUGCGGCCGAGAGCCUUUCCAUCAUGCUGAC